AGGGCCGAGGUUCCCAGGACUUGGAAGAGGACGGGCGUGAGCAACGAUGGCCGGGCAGUGCUUCCCGGUACCCCGGCUCGAGGGCGUUUCGCAGGAGCAGUUCAUGGAGCACCUCUAUCCGCAGAGAAAACCUCUAGUGUUGGAAGGAAUUGAUUUGGGGACAUGUACAAGCAAAUGGACGGUGGAUUACCUAAGCCAAAUUGGAGGGAGGAAAGAGGUGAAGAUUCAUGUUGCUGCAGUUGCCCAGAUGGACUUCAUUAGUAAGAACUUUGUGUAUAGAACUUUACCUUUUGGCAAGUUGGUUCAGAGGGCCUCUGAAGAAAAGCAUAAGGAAUUCUUUAUUUCAGAGGAUGAGAAGUACUACCUACGAUCACUUGGAGAAGACCCUAGAAAGGAUGUUGCAGAUAUCAGAAAGCAGUUUCCUUUAUUGGAAGGAGAUAUUAAGUUUCCAAAAUUCUUCAAAGAAGAGCAGUUCUUUUCCAGUGUUUUUCGAAUUAGCUCACCAGGGUUACAACUUUGGACCCACUAUGAUGUAAUGGAUAACUUCUUAAUACAAGUGACAGGAAAAAAACGUGUUGUACUAUUCAGUCCUCGAGAUGCCCAAUAUUUAUAUUUAUCAGGUACUAAAUCAGAAGUACUGAAUGUAGAUAACCCAGACUUAGCUAAAUAUCCACUGUUUUCCAAGGCUAGACGGUAUGAAUGUUCCCUUAAAGCUGGAGAUGUAUUAUUCAUUCCUGCUUUAUGGUUCCAUAAUGUAGUAUCUGAAGAGUUUGGAGUGGGAGUGAAUGUCUUUUGGAAGCAUCUUCCAUCUGAAUGCUAUGAUAAAACGGAUACCUAUGGAAACAAAGAUCCUACAGCAGCAUCAAGAGCUGCACAAAUUUUGGACAGAGCCUUAAAAACCCUGGCUGAAUUACCAGAGGAAUACAGGGACUUCUAUGCACGGCGAAUGGUCUUGCACAUUGAAGACAAAGCCUAUAGCAAAAACUUUGAAUAAAUAUUGAAGUGAAUGCAGUGAGCAUAAACUUUUAAAUACGGUUCAACUCAAAUAUUGGAAAAGUAUAACAAGAUGUAAAUUAUUUUUUUAAAGAUUUAUCCUUUGUUAAAAUAGGAAAGAUAAAUCAAUCUCAGAUUUACAGAUUAAAUAAGUAUGAAGGCA